AUGAGAAUAAUCAUGAUUGGGGACGAGGAGAUCCUCAUCGGAGCUACGGACCAUGUUUCGUAUGCCACCAUCGAACAGGAACAAGAUACUUCUGUGGCCAAUACUAAGGGUGAGAUCCACUUCAUAAUCAAGUCUUCAUUUCCCUUAGUGGUGACGUUCUUAUUGCAAUACUUAGUUUCAGUUUUAUCAGUGUUUGCAGCUGGUCGAAUUGGUUCUAAGGAAUUGGCUGCCGUAUCUUUAGCCAUUACUACUUUCAAUAUCACUGGAUUGGCUAUCUAUCAAGGUAUGGCUACAAGUUUGGAUGCCUUGUGUUCUCAAGCAUUUGGGGCAGGAAUGCCUCAUAAGGUUGGGUUAUAUUUCCAACGGUGUUCUGCCAUUAUGCUCGUUAUAACCUUGGUUCUAUUGGUUCCAAUAUGGUGGUUCUCAUGUCCUAUUAUAUAUACCUUGGUUGGUGAUAAGGAAUUGGCUAUGAUGUGCCAAACUUAUUUACGUAUCCUUACCUUUGGAGCUCCAGGCUUACUCUUUUUUGAAACAGGAAAGAGAUUCUUACAAGCUCAACAUAUCUUUGAUGCUACCACGUAUAUUCUUUUAGCAGUGGCUCCAAUUAACUUCAUUUUGAAUUGGCUCUUGGUUUGGCACCCCGCCUACGGUUUAGGAUUCAUUGGUGCACCAAUUACUCUUGUAAUUGUCUAUUGGCUCAUGCCAUUAAUGAUCUUGGGUUAUGUUUGCUUUAUUGACGGUAAGAAGUGCUGGAAUGGGUUCGAACGUACAGCCUUAACUAAUUGGGGUCCAAUGUUAGAAUUAGCUCUUCCUGGGGUCAUAAUGGUGGAAGCAGAAUAUUUAGCCUUUGAAGUCUUGACAAUUCUUGCUGCUAAAUUUGGUACCGACUCUUUGGCUGCUCAAUCUAUUGCUUCAAGUGUUGGUGCACUUGUUUUCCAAUUGCCAUUUGCAUUUGCUGUGACAAUCACCACCCGUAUUGGACACUAUGUUGGUCGUAAAGAUGGUAAAAGUGCUGCUAAAGUUACCAAGAUUGCCCUUGCAUGCACUAGUGCCAUCUCCAUGUUUGAUUUCCUGGUGGUAUUCUUCUUCAGACACAUUUGGAGUAGAGUUUUCACCAAAGAUAAGAAUGUCACUGCCAUUUCUGAUGUAAUCUUGAUUCUAGUGGCUAUUAAUCAACUUGCUGAUGGUCUUAAUGUGGCUGGUUCUGGAUUAUUAAGAGGUCAAGGAAGACAAAAAAUGGGUUCAGUGCUUAACAUGAUUUCUUAUUAUGUAAUAUCGUUGCCACUUGGGUUCUUUCUAGCAUUCCAUGUGAACUUGGGUCUUAAGGGGUUGUGGUAUGGUCUUAUGUCUGGUGUAUUCUUCCUUUCACUUUCUCAGUUGGCGAUGGUACUUACCACAAACUGGGACAGUGUCAUCAUUGAAUCUCUCCGUAGACAUGAUCAUUGA